AUCCAUUGAACCCAAGAAUAAUAAUGGAAACAACAACCCUAGUUGCCAUCUUUGUAUCUGGUUUACUUGUAAGUUUUACUGGGUACGUCCUAUAUACUGCUUUUGGGCAACCCUCUCAAAACAACUAAGAGAUCCAUUCAAGGAACACGGAGACUAGUUGAAGUAUGGAUCCUCCCAUGGUGGAAGGUUUUGGAUAUAGGUUGGUUGGGUUGGGCCGGUGAUCGGAUUCAAAAUUUGUAAAAGCAAGUAGUAAAGUCCAUUUGACCGUAUAUAGAGAGGUGUAUUAGGCCCAAUAGCUUGUAGAGAGCUUAUUCUCUUUGAAUAAGCUCUCCCCAAUUAUCCGUGGCUCUUCUCAAUUAGGGCUUUUGCGGAUGGUAGAGUGAAAUAGGAAUUGGACAUGAGGGGUUAGGGCUCUUGCCGUGACAAAAGCUUCAGAGGGCUUAGCUUGCGAUCGCCGUCGACGGCAAAGGAGGACUCUAAGUUGAUUUCAGGGUUGUUUCAAUGGAGGAUGCACAAGAAGUAUCUGAUACAAUGUCAGACAAAGCUUCUGAGAAUACACAGGAAACUCGUGACGAAAUGCUUUCUAGGCACAGGAAAGAGAUAUCAAAACUUCAGGACAAGGAAACUGAAAUGAAAAAGGCAGCUGCCAAAGGGAGCAAGGCUGAACAAAAAGCUAAGAAAAAGCAGGUGGAGGAAGAGAUUACUCGGCUUUCUGCUAAUCUUAAAGAAAAACAUGCUGCAGAACUUGCUUCGUUAGGCUAUAGUGCUAGUAAUGGGAAUGAGAAAAGUAAACUUGACACUUUAGUGAAGGCCAUAGCUGGUGUUUCUGUCACCAGUCAACCUGAGCAGGCAAAGCCCAGCAAGAGUUCGAAGAGGCGAGAGAAGAGGGCUCAGCAAGAUGCAGCCAGGGAGCAAAGAAUUCAAGAAGAGCAGAGCAACCGAGUAAGUGAUCGAAUGAUUGAGGAUGAAAAACUAGAGAAAAAGCUCGAACCCUUUGGCUUGACCAUUAAUGAAAUAAAGCCUGAUGGCCAUUGCCUCUACCGAGCUAUCCAGGAUCAACUGGCCCACCUUUCGGGAGGUUCAUCACCUUACACGUACCAACAGCUUCGAGAAAUGGUAGCUGCUUAUAUGAGGAAGCAUGCAUCUGAUUUUCUCCCUUUUUUCUUGUCGGAGAAUCCAGCAGAUGGAGAUUCUGACGAGUCACUUGCAGAGAGGUUCGAGAACUACUGUAAAGAAGUGGAGUCAACUGCAGCAUGGGGAGGACAGCUAGAGCUUGGUGCUUUAACUCACUGCCUUAAAAAGCCUAUCAAGAUAUACUCAGGAUCCUUCCCUGAUGUGGAGAUGGGGAAGGAGUACAAAUCCGAUAGCGGAACAGGUUCUUCCGAUUCGAGUAUUAUGUUGUCAUACCAUAAGCAUGCAUUUGGGCUUGGUGAGCACUAUAAUUCCGUGGUUCGAAUGUGAUCAGAUAGCCGAGAACCCGGACACACACCCUUGGCUUGCUGAUCUGGUUUGUAAUUUGUGGUGUGAAAAAGCACGUUUUGCUCUUUCUUGUCCAGUUAGUUUUGUUCGUGAGAUCGAUUGGGAUGUCCUGAUCUAGAUUUAUCACAUUGUAAUAAAGUUACAAUUUUCCUUAAAAAAAAAAAUUAACGUUAUUAUUUAGGUCU